GCUGCUGUUUCGUUCUGUGGAGCUGGUGACCUAUAUCUGGGUCUAUGAACACUUUAACCUUGUUGACCUCCCGUGGGACAGUCCGUGGACCUGGUUAUUAGGCUUCCUGGGGGUGGACUUCGGAUACUACUGGGUACAUCGAUGCGGUCACGAGGUCAAUAUAAUGUGGGCGGGGCAUCAGGUCCACCAUAGUUCAGAGGACUAUAACCUUGUGACUGCCCUCAGACAGUCGGCACUUCACAGAUAUGUUGGAUGGAUGUUCUACCUCCCCUUAGCCCUAGUCAUGCCACCCUCUGUAUUCCUGGUUCACUCCCAGUUUAACUUGCUGUACCAGUUCUGGAUACACACAGAGACAGUGGACAGUCUUGGGCCGCUGGAGUGGAUUCUCAACACGCCGAGCCAUCAUAGGGUUCACCAUGGGAGAAAUCGAUACUGUAUCGAUAAAAACUACGGCGGCACUCUCAUCAUAUUUGAUCGAAUAUUUGGAACAUUUGCAAAAGAGCAGGAAGAAGUCGUAUAUGGACUAGUCCACCCUCUUACGUCAUGGGACCCCAUUAAUGCGCAGAUCUGUCAUCUUAAAUAUAUGUGGAGUGUAUUCAAAGAAACAGAGGGUUUUGCAAACAAGCUGGCAGUAAUUUGGAAAGGACCUGGUUGGGCCCCGGGCAAACCUCGAACAGGCCUAAUCGAAGAUAUACCAGAUGCAAGUUGUACUUAUUUUUACACUCAAUAUAUGCUUCUUUAUAGAUGAAUAAAAGGUAGUUUCUUCGAUUA